AACCCGCACCAAAGUCUACUCUUUGCUUAUAGAUUAGAAUAAAGACAAUUAGUACUCUCGACAUCAUUAAAGCUACAAAUAGGUUUAGUAAUUUUACCCGAAAGUGCGGUCUAUGUGCAAUUAAAAGUUUUAUUUUUUUUUUUCUUUAAAUAAUGACUAGCAGGAACAGAGAUUUUGGCAGGAAAUAUGUUAGUGGUGCGGAGGAGGAGAGAAAACGCAAAGCUACAGACAAAUUUAUUAAAACCCAAGAAGGUUCUAUGAAUAAAUUUCUGAAAGUAGAAUCUAUAAAUAAAGUAGAAAAUAAUCAAACCGAAGAAACGCCUGAUGUGAGUCAACAAGAUUCAUGUAAAAUAUAUGUCAAAACGAAUGAAAGUCAGGACUUUAAAAGUUAUGUUGAUUUGACACACUCAAGUACAAAAACUGACAUAAUAAAUACAGUGGAAGAUAAUACAAUUUAUGUUGAAGAUUAUAAACAACUUGAAGACAUCAGCACAUGGCCAAUACAUCUAACACAAUCUCAGACAAUAUUUUUAAUUGAAAAAGAUCUUGAAAGACAUUGCCUAGAUUAUUAUCCAAAAGAUAACACAAAUAGAUGCUUUUCUAAAAUAUAUUAUUGUAGAAAAAUGUGCAAUAAAGAGCUAGUUGAUAGGCCAUGGCUAACAUACUCGAAAGAGAAAAACCGAAUUUUUUGUUUUCCAUGGCUUGUUGAACUUCUGUCUCGGUACGAUCCUAUUUUGAUGGAACAUGUCAAUGAUGUAAAAGAUAAAAAGAUUAAGGCUCAUUACUCGAUCUUGAACUUGAUUUACAACAUUGUAGAGAACAAGGAUACGACAACGGAGCAAAUAUGA